GAGGGCACCCGAAAAUACACCCUCCCGUCUGCCCACUUCGCAACCACCCCCGCGCCGGGGGCCGCUGCGCCCGGCUGGAGAGAGGAGGUGGAGGUGGAGGCGGGGAAGGAAUCGGCCCCAGUGCGUCCAGGGAUGAGGCUGGGCGGCCGCGGUGCGCACGGCUGCUCUGCGACCGCCUCCCUGCGGAGCCCGCCGCCCCCCGCCCCGCACCGCCCGCGUACUCAGAAGCCACUGGAGACCCGGCUCCCCGCGCCGCCCCCGCCCGGGCUCUACAGCUUCCCCGCCCCCAUCCCGCUUCCCAGGCGCAGGGCAACAGCGGGACAGCCGCGUCCUCCCUGCCUGGGCCCGCGGCCCUCCUCCCGCCGCCCAGAAGCCAGCCCGGGAGACAGUCCCAGUUCUGCCCAGCCUGAUGAAGACCGGUGGUGACCUCUCCGUGGGAAACCUGGGCGAUGGAGGGAAGGCGGUUUUUCCUCGGCAAAGUCAAGAUUUUCCUCCUUUAUGAGUGAUUUUUCACCCUUUCCCUCGGGGUAGCUGGUAAUAGGCCCUACAAGUUGUUCGUGCAACUCUUGCCUCUCUCGCCCUAACGCCGGCUCAUUUUAGCCUGAUUCGGGUGCCCUUCCCGAGCCACUCCUAGGAAGUGGGGACGCGAUGGCCUGAGGGCUUGAGUUUUCCCCCUACCCAUGUACCGUGAGAUGGACACGGGACGUUUCCUCGAGACUUGGCAAGUGCUGGAGCCGAUUCUCAACCAGCUUGCCUACCCUGGCAAUCCCCGAAGCUAUGUAGAAAUUCUGGAACGGCCACUGUUGAGGAGAAAAGAUGGUGUCAUCACCAGGACCACGAAUAGAAACGCUCUUUAGAAAACAGCCUGGAGAAACUGACUUUCUGCGUGCUCUGUAAGUGCCCAAGGCGGCACUGUAAGCCUUCAGAGGGAAGAGGGGCCUUCUCCGUUGUUUAAAAAAAAA